AUGGCCGAGAUUCGUCGCAAGCUCGUCAUCGUGGGCGACGGUGCCUGCGGUAAGACCUGUCUGCUCAUUGUCUUCUCCAAGGGCACCUUCCCUGAGGUCUACGUCCCCACCGUCUUCGAGAACUACGUUGCCGAUGUCGAGGUGGAUGGCAAGCACGUCGAACUGGCUCUUUGGGAUACGGCUGGCCAGGAAGACUACGACCGUCUCCGUCCUCUGUCAUACCCCGAUUCGCAUGUCAUCCUGAUCUGUUUCGCCGUGGACUCGCCGGAUUCGCUCGACAACGUCCAGGAGAAGUGGAUUUCCGAGGUCCUUCACUUCUGCCAGGGUCUCCCCAUCAUCCUUGUUGGCUGCAAGAAGGAUCUGCGCCACGACCCCAAGACCAUCGAGGAGCUCACCAAGACCUCCCAGAAGCCCGUCACCCCCGAGCAGGUAUGCCAUCCCGCUCCAGUCUCCGUCCUCGAAGUUUGUCUAACGUGGUUUUUGCAGGGCGAGGAAGUCCGCAAGAAGAUCGGUGCCUACAAGUACCUGGAGUGUUCCGCCCGGACCAACGAGGGUGUCCGUGAGGUCUUCGAGUCCGCCACCCGCGCGGCCCUGCUGAAGGCCAAGAAGGGGGGAAAGAAGCGGACUCGGGAUGGGUGUCUGAUCUUGUAA